AUGGGGGAAGGGGAGGGUGGCCCUGUGCACUACGAGCUUGAGGAUGUCUCAAGUCAGAACGUCAAGGUGGCCUUGAAUAUACGACCACUCAUUGCGCAGGAACAGAUUGAAGGAUGCAGCGAGUGCAUCACUGUGAUUCUUGGAGAACCACAGGUGCAACUUGGCCCAGAGCGAGUGUUCACUUAUGACUCUGUCUACGGAUCUCUCGGGAAGCCUUUAAGCUACCUCUUUAAAGAUUGUGUUGCGCCACUGGUGGAAGGGUUAUUCGGGGGAUAUAAUGGCACCGUGCUUGCGUACGGGCAGACAGGGUCUGGUAAAACCUACACGAUGGGGAGCGGUUACACUGUCGGUGGAAGCAACAGCGGCGUCAUCCCGCAGGCCAUGAAAAUGCUGUUUGAAUUGGUGGAAAGCAAGAAAGGAAAGGCAGAGUUUCAAAUCAGAGUUUCCUACAUUGAGAUACACAAGGAGGACGUCAGAGACCUGCUGGACCUGGUGUCUAACAUCCAGCCAUCCAGCAAGGCCCCCUCGGCCCCCGCUGUUCCGUCCUGCAAAGCCCCUAUCUCAAUCCGCGAAACCAGUGAUGGAGGGAUCACCCUAGCUGGGGUAACAGAAAUGGACGUCCGCUCGAUCGCUGAGAUGGCGGCCUGCUUGGAGCAGGGGUCGCUGUGCAGAGCCACUGGGAGCACAAGCAUGAACAGCCACUCGAGCCGCUCGCACGCUAUCUUCACGAUUACACUGGAGCAGCGUCAGAAACUGGGAGCCGGUGACCUUGCCUCCAGUUCCAGUCCCGUGGUCGACGAAGACCACCUAUGUGCAAAGCUGCACCUUGUAGACCUGGCAGGCUCGGAACGGGCCAAGAGGACGAAGGCAGAUGGGCAAAGGUUGCAGGAAGGCAUACACAUCAACAAAGGGCUGCUUGCCCUGGGCAACGUCAUCAGUGCCCUCGGGGACGAGAAGAAGCGAAAGGAGGGAGGGCACGUGCCAUACCGCGACAGCAAGCUGACUCGGCUGCUGCAAGACUCGCUAGGAGGAAAUAGUCGGACGGUCAUGAUCGCAUGCGUCAGCCCGGCAGACGUCAAUCUGGACGAGACGCUCAACACGCUCAAGUACGCCAACCGGGCUCGCAACAUCAAGAACAAGCCUGUGGUAAACCGAGACGCAUCGUCAGCCGAGGUGGCCCGGCUCCGGCAGCAGCUGCAGCUCAUUCAAGCGGAGCUCUUCUGCUCCCAGGCCGCUGGCGGGGGCGACUCGCAGGCACUCCGGCAGCACAUCAGUCAACUAGAGACGGACAAUGCAAAGCUCCGCUGUGACGUACGGAUGGCGCAGCUGGCCACUAAAGCAGCAGAAGCGAAGGUGUCGGAUGCGCAGACGGAGCGCGACCGCGUCCGGCUGCAGCUCGAGGCCUUGCAAAAUGGGGGCUCCGUGGAGGAUGCUGAAAAGACCAUGUCCGUUGUGGAGGGCCACCUGGCGACCAUCCGGCACCUCGAGGCGCAGCUCCAGGACGUGAGGCUCCGGCAGGGGUCCCGCCCCAGUUCCGCCGUUCCGGGCCGCACCUUUUCCGUUCCGGCCUCGUUCGACACCGACAGCCCCACCGGCUUGGCGACGCCCCCUACUGGACUGGCGGGAGAGAACGAUAGCCCGAUGCCGGGAGAGACACUCGAAGAGUGCGCUGCUCGGGAAGAAGCGGAAGCCCUAGCGGAGGCGAAAGGGUGGGAGCAUCGACUGGCCCAAGAGAGAAUGGACCAAGAGCUGCAGGACCUAAACAGGAAGCUCGAGGAAAAAGAGGCACAAAUGACUCGGGCAGCGUCUAGCGACCAGCGAAUGCUGACUUUGAAGGCCCACUACGAGCGUGUGCUGAAGGAGAUGGAAGAGGAACGGCAGACCCUUCAGGGUGAAAGGGACCGCUUGAUGGCUUCCUUAGACUCGAUGGCUGGCAAGAGCGACAUUGAGAACACCAAGCUGAAAGAAACCUACAGGGGCAAAAUCAAGCUGCUGGAGGAACAGCUGUCCGAGUUGAAGCGCAAGCAGGCCGCCAGCGGGCAGCUCCUGCGUCUCAAGCAGCGCAGCGACGAGUCCGCGAAGCGGCUCCAAGAAGAGAUCCAGCGCAUCAAGUCGCAAAAGGUGGCGCUACAGCGCAAGAUGAAAGUAGAAAGCGACCAGUUCCAGAACUGGCGUGCCGCGCACGAGAAAGAGCUGGGGCAGCUGCGCAAGGCGGGCCGGCGCAACGAGUUUGAGAUGCACAAGCUGCAGGCGUUGCACCAGAGGCAGCAAAAGGUGCUCCAGCGGAAGACGGAAGAGGCCGCGGUGGCGACCAAGCGGCUGAAGGAAGUGCUUGCCGCACGCAAACUGCUCCCCAAGGACCCGCAGCCCCAGCAAACAGGUGGCGCGCUCGCGGGCAAGUCGUCCGAGGCCGUCGAGCGGCAGCUCAAGGCGUGGCUGGAGCGCGAGAUCGAGGUCUACGUCCGAGUCCAGGACGUCCGAAACGCGCUGCAGCGCGAGGUCGUCCGUAGGAAAGAGAUUGCGCACCAGCUUGCGGCACUGCGGGACGGGGAGCCGCCGGUAACUAGCAGCGGCGUGUUUUCGCCGCGCAAGAACGCGGCCAAGCUGGCGUCGCUGCAGGCGGAGGUGGCGGCGCGGUCCGCGAGCAUCGCGGAGCUGCAGGCGCAACUGCUGUCGGUGGAGGAGAGUCAGAAGGGCCUCUCCAACCCCGCCCACCGCUGGCUGCACGUGCGCUCGAUGCCGGAGGCGCGGACUCUGCUCAACAUCAUGUUUGCCGCCACGACCGACUCCAGGUGUCAGCUCCAGUCUUUACACGGCGACUUGGAGUACAUGCACGAGCAGGUGGCGCAGUACGAAGUGGACCUGCGGUCCGCUCAGGAGGAUCUGCGCCGGCGGAGAGUCCAGGAGACCGCGACAAAGCUGGCCAUCAAGGAAUGCUUCCAAAAGAGUCCCGGCACCGGUCUCGCCAAGGGCCUCGAGCAACUAGAGCGCGGCUUCCAAACCCUAAACCCCGCGCGCCCCAAACGGCGCCUGAGCAGCCUCUCCCCUAUCGGCCGCAUGCCUCUCGCGGCCGCGCCUGCGCCCGACGCGGCUCUCCCAAACCCCGAGGAGGGUUUGGAGGGCGUCAAGGCGACGGCCUCCGGCUACCUGGCGCGCAGGAUGGGGCCACGUGGCGACUCGGACGGCGGCGAUUGCGACAUGGAGACGGACACGGACGGCGGGGAGGACAGCGGCGCGGAGGACUACGACGACCCGAACGACGAGGAGUACGUCCCGGGCCUGUCGCCAGCCCUGCCCGCGUAUCGACGUCGAAGGGGCGCCUCGAACGGCGGCCGGCGGAGCAACCUGUCCGCCGGGAGCUCCGCCGAGCUGCAACUAGGCACGGCGGACAGUUUGGACGCGCCGGGGGGGAAGAAGAAGCGGCCGCAAAGUGGAAAACGGAGGGCCCCGUCGGAGCCGGGUGGGCUGGGUGGAGACUCUCUGGAAGGUGCGGAAGGGCCGUCUGACGGGGCCUCGGAAGGAUGCCAGUGCACGGGGAUGUGUAAAAGAAAGUGCGCGUGCAGGGCCGCCGGCGGCGAGUGUGGGCCGCACUGCGGGUGCUCCGUGGCGCGCUGCGCGAACAGACACGGGGCUGAGGAAGGCGACGUCGAUCCGGCCGCGAACGUGGCCGCCAUCACCAUGGACCUCGCCGAAGCGAUGGAGACCGUUGAACUCGAAGCCGCGCUUCUCCUCGGCGGCAACCAAACCUCCCCCGAAACCCUCGAACCCUCCAGAACCCUCAGCCCCGAAACCCCUCCCGUGACGCGCGACGAGCCGGCCGCGACUUCGGAUGGCGGCAAGAGCCGCGCGUCGGCGAAGGUGGAGGAGGCACGUGCCUUGCUGGCGCGCCACGGGGCGAAGCUGACGCAAGCAUGGCUGGAGGGCGCGAAGGGCGGGGCGGCGAAGCGCCAACCGCUGGGCGCGAUUGACAAGAACCAGAUGACUCAGGCCGCGCGACUUGGCGCCGCGAAGCAGAAGCGGCGACUGUACCAGCAGACACUGCCCAACCCCCUUACGGCCCCCAACAGCGAAAGCCCUCCCACCGAGGCGCCUCCCGUUACGGGGCGCCAAUCCCCAUCUGAAUCUCAGAACGGUUUGGGCGCACAGAAUCAGACUGCAGUAGACGCGCGGUCCAACCGUCCCCGAUCAGCGAAUGCCCACGUGACUGUUUCUAGUUCCAGCGGACACCGGACAGCAACCGCACCCCCUGACGGUCCACAAUCGGGCGACGGGCCCCUAGGAGAGAGCAGCCCCAACGUCGCCCACUGGGGCUCUGGUAGCCAAGCGCCAAGUGGCGCUGUUCCCGGCGACCGGAGGAAGCGUUCCGGGUCUUUUACUGGUCUGCAGCAAGUCGCCGACAUCCUCGGCCCGCAGUCCGAGACGCCUUCCGGACGGCGGAUUUCGGGCAGUCUGACUCACACCGUGUCACCCGCGCCGCAAGUUUCUGACCAGUCAGAGGCAAGGGAUCCCCCGAAGCAGUCAAAAGAGCGUGUGAAGAGCCCGGGGAAAGGAGGCAAGGCGGGGAAGCACAGACGGGCGCCCAGCAGGGGAGAUGGGGAGAUGAGGGUGGGUGGACAUGUAGACAAGGAGAAUUACAGGUUAUGAGGAUCCAGGACGGCUUAAAGAUGACCAGGUGACGAAGUGCGUUGUCUUUAAUGGCAGCUUGUUUCUGAGGAUUUUCAGAGCUUCAAAUUGAUUGAAUUCUUUGGAUCCUGGCAAGAGGACCUUAUCAGAUUCGAUGGAACGACAGGCCAAAGAAAAGCUACGAUAGCCGACUGAACUUAUCGAAGUGAAAGUUAUCUUCUUCCAUCUGCAUCCUAGAAAAUACAAUUUUGUGUCCUGGAACGAGGAACACAAUCUGUGGACGAGAGUGUUCAAACCAUGCAGGCACUCGGAUGGUCGAUAUUAUUAGCC